AGAGGGAGACGAGGAGGCUAGUGAAGAACUCUGGAGUAAAGGGGAGGAUUACUAAGGGACAUGGAGUACCUAUCAUGUGUCAGACACUUAUCUAUAUCUCUCCCAUCUGAACAAAUCCUUACAGGAACCCCAGGAGACAGGUUAUCUCCACUCUGCAAAUUGGAAAACAGAUCCAGAGAGGUUCAGUUAUGUGUCUGAGAAGUUCAUUUAUGUGUCCAAGACACAUUCUUAGCUAAAAAGCUAAGCAUUCUGAAUUGGAACCCAGAGAAUUUGACUCCCAAACUCUGGAUCUUUUCACUGCUGUGAUCCAUCUGGGAAAGGCUAGUGAUGCGGGCAAGGGGCUUAUUGCCCCUCGGUGUUUGGUUGGGAGUGGUCGGAUUGGUGGGUUGGGGGCACAAGGCAGCCAGAUCUGGGACUCCUGUGCUUGUGACUGGACUACAAAGAGUUAAAGAACGUUGGGCCUCCUCCUCCCGCCUCCUGUGGCCUCCUCCUCCAGCUCUUCCUGUCCCGCUGUUGCAACACCGCCUCACUCUUCCCCUCCCACCUUCUCUCCCCUCCUCUCUGCUUUAAUUUUCUCAGAAUUCUCUGGACUCAGGCUCCAGUUCUGGCCUUUGGGGUUCAAGAUCACUGGGACCAGGCCGUUAUCUCUAUGCCCGGGUCUCAACCCUCAACUGUCACCCCAAGGCACUUGGGACGUCCUGGACAGACCGAGUCCCGGGAAGCCGCCAGCACUGCCGCUGCCACACUGCCCUGAGCCCAAAUGGGGGAGUGAGAGGCCAUAGCUGUCUGGCAUGGGCCUCUCCACCGUGCCUGACCUGCUGCUGCCACUGGUGCUCCUGGAGCUGUUGGUGGGAAUAUACCCCUCAGGGGUUAUUGGACUGGUCCCUCACCUAGGGGACAGGGAGAAGAGAGAUAGUGUGUGUCCCCAAGGAAAAUAUAUCCACCCUCAAAAUAAUUCGAUUUGCUGUACCAAGUGCCACAAAGGAACCUACUUGUACAAUGACUGUCCAGGCCCGGGGCAGGAUACGGACUGUAGGGAGUGUGAGAGCGGCUCCUUCACCGCUUCAGAGAACCACCUCAGACACUGCCUCAGCUGCUCCAAAUGCCGAAAGGAAAUGGGUCAGGUGGAGAUCUCUUCUUGCACAGUGGACCGGGACACCGUGUGUGGCUGCAGGAAGAACCAGUACCGGCAUUAUUGGAGUGAAAACCUUUUCCAGUGCUUCAAUUGCAGCCUCUGCCUCAAUGGGACCGUGCACCUCUCCUGCCAGGAGAAACAGAACACCGUGUGCACCUGCCAUGCAGGGUUCUUUCUAAGAGAAAACGAGUGUGUCUCCUGUAGUAACUGUAAGAAAAGCCUGGAGUGCACGAAGUUGUGCCUACCCCAGAUUGAGAAUGUUAAGGGCACUGAGGACUCAGGCACCACAGUGCUGUUGCCCCUGGUCAUCUUCUUUGGUCUUUGCCUUUUAUCCCUGCUCUUCAUUGGUUUAAUGUAUCGCUACCAACGGUGGAAGUCCAAGCUCUACUCCAUUGUUUGUGGGAAAUCGACACCUGAAAAAGAGGGGGAGCUUGAAGGAACUACUACUAAGCCCCUGGCCCCAACCCCAAGCUUCAGUCCCACUCCAGGCUUCACCCCCACCGUGGGCUUCAGUCCCGUGCCCAGUUCCACCUUCACCUCCAGCUCCACCUAUACCCCCGGUGACUGUCCCAACUUUGCGGCUCCCCGCAGAGAGGUGGCACCACCCUAUCAGGGGGCUGACCCCAUCCUUGCGACAGCCCUCGCCUCCGACCCCAUCCCCAACCCCCUUCAGAAGUGGGAGGACAGCGCCCACAAGCCACAGAGCCUAGACACUGAUGACCCCGCGACGCUGUACGCCGUGGUGGAGAACGUGCCCCCGUUGCGCUGGAAGGAAUUCGUGCGGCGCUUAGGGCUGAGCGACCACGAGAUCGAUCGGCUGGAGCUGCAGAACGGGCGCUGCCUGCGCGAGGCGCAAUACAGCAUGCUGGCGGCCUGGAGGCGGCGCACGCCGCGGCGCGAGGCCACGCUGGAGCUGCUGGGACGCGUGCUCCGCGACAUGGACCUGCUGGGCUGCCUGGAGGACAUCGAGGAGGCGCUUUGCGGCCCCGCCGCCCUCCCGCCCGCGCCCAGUCUUCUCAGAUGAGGCUGCGCCCCUGCGGGCAGCUCUAAGGACCGUCUUGCGAGAUCGCCUUCCAACCCCACUUUUUUCUGGAGAGGAGGGGUCCUGGAGAGGCAAGCAGGAGCUAGCAGCCGCCUACUUGGUGCUAACCCCUCGAUGUACAUAGCUUUUCUCAGCUGCCUGCGCGCCGCCGACAGUCAGCGCUGUGCGCGCGGAGAGAGGUGCGCCGUGGGCUCAAAAGCCGGAGUGGGUGGUUUGCGAGGAUGAGGGACGCUAUGCCUCAUGCCCGUUUUGGGUGCCCUCACCAGCAAGGCUGCUCGGGGGCCCCUGGUUCGUCCCUGAGCCUUUUUCACAGUACAUAAGCAGUUUUUUUUUGUUUUGUUUUUGUUUUGUUUUGUUUUUAAAUCAAUCACGUUACACUAAUAGAAACUUGGCACUCCUGUGCCCUCUGCCUGGACAAGCACAUAGCAAGCUGAACUGUCCCAAGGCAGGGGCGAGCACGGAACAAUGGGGCCUUCAGCUGGAGCUGUGGACUUUUGUAAAUACACUAAAAUUCUGAAGUUAAA